CUGUGGUAAACAGACGUCAGCAGGGAGUCUUCGCCUCGAGUCAAAACAAAACAAAACAAGAUCCUCACGAUGAAUGAGUGAAUAUCUGCUUCCAGCGCAGCACAUUAAACGAAUGAACUCUAACUACGACGGAAAAUCUGGUUUCGUGAGGAAGGUUUUUUCGUUUUCCUUUUACAGAGGGAUUGUAACUAACCGGAGGAGUUAGCUAACUAGGCGGCUACCUACUUUCAGCACACGUUAAAACUACGGUGGCGAGUUCAGUCCGGCCUGAGGAGUUAUUGACGACCCAGCUCGACAUGUUAUUGUUUAUUGUUGGCGCCUGUAAAGGACGAUAAGAGGGUCGGGUUUGUUUGGACAUAACGAACUGUGGACGGACGGAUUCGGCGUAGUUGUUGCCGCGCGAUCGUGUGUGUGUGUGUGUGUGUGCGCGCGCGUGUGUGUGUGUGUGUGUGUGUGUGUGUAGGAACAUGGCAGAUGGUGACACGCGCCUGCACACAGCAUGGAGGAGCGCACAAACCUGAACCAUAAUAAUAAUAAUAACAUAAUAAUAACAACACAGUUCUUUCCAAACCUACGAACGAUCCGAUCAUCCGGAUUUUAACCUGAUCAAGCUUUAUUGUUUUGAGUUUAUAACUUGCUUGCAAAGCUCAUUUGAACGCGUCGUAUUUUAGGGAUUGAAGUAUUUUAUGAAAUCCUAAAUUUGAUCUUAGUUGACAUUUUAGAAGCUGAUUUUGAACUAAUUAUAGGACUUUGUUGGAUGAAAUGACACGACACACGAACGCUUGAUUUGGGUAGACGAUGAAAUGUUUACAAAUAUUACUAAAGAAAACUUUUUUUGACAUCCAGUAUAAAUUUUAAUUCGAUUUUACAUUAAACAGCCUUUUUAAAUUUUAUAGGUGCAAAGCAAAUAACUGUAGACACAACACGAGAGUAAAUAGGGCAUUAUAGUUUAUGCAAGGGAGGUAUUUUAUUAUAUAAGGCUAUAGUUUGAACUGUGCUCAUCUGGGCUGUUAUUUGUUUGUUAUAUUAUAUUUUCAUCAUACUAGAUGUUCAGAUUUUUUUGGUUUUUACCUCAGCAGCAUUCCAGAUGUUUUCAUCUAGGCAUAUUCAAAAAUAGUACGGUUUACUAGGGUUUUCCUUUGUUUGUUUUUGUAAACAAAAAGAGACCCCAGUCUCUCAAUCGGAAGGUUUAUGAUAGUUAGUAUUAAGGAGAUUAUUGUGCCUCUUUAAUCUCCAAUCUGAGGAUUAAGCGGCGCUAUAUUGGUGCGUCCAGAUUAUUGCGUCUCAGCUCAGUCCGCCGCUGUCUCGCCUGCUCACCUUUAACAAAAACAUCUUGCCAAAUUAUUAUUACUUCCUGUUAUUAUUUAUGGCCAAAACGUAUGGUCAAAAUAUUUAUUUGAAAUAAGAUUAUUUUAAAUAAACCGCAUCGUUAUAAAUUCAGCGUUUUACUUUUACAGAAUUAAUAAAACAGCAGCACAUAUUCCUGUAUUUUUCGUUUUCUUUUGUUGGUUGUUGGUUUUUGGUUCCGGUGAAUCAUCAAGCUCUCGUCUGAAAUUGGCAAAAUCACUGGGCACAAUGGAGCCCGAGGCGGCACCACCCAUUGACCCAGAUUUCGAACCGCAGAGCAGACCGAGGUCCUGCACAUGGCCACUGCCGCGGCCGGACAUCUCAGCUGUCAAAGCCGAGGGGACAGACGGCGCGGAGUCCGCCGCUGGAACCCCGCCCGCCGAGGAGGACAAACGGGAGCCUCAGCCAAUCACAUCCGAACCCGAGAAAGUCGUCACCGCGGAUAACGGGUCUGUUCCCGGAGUGGGUGGAGCGGCACCUCGAAAGGGUUCUUCCCGACGCAAUGCCUGGGGGAAUCAGUCCUACGCUGAUCUAAUCAGCCAAGCAAUUGAGAACUCCCCUGAGAAACGCCUUACCCUGGCACAGAUCUAUGACUGGAUGGUCAAAACAGUGCCCUAUUUUAAGGAUAAAGGAGACAGCAACAGCUCUGCAGGAUGGAAGAACUCAAUUCGCCACAAUUUGUCUCUCCACAACAAGUUUCUGAGAGUACACAAUGAAUCUACAGGAAAAAGCUCCUGGUGGAUGCUCAAUCCUGAAGGUGGCAAGAUGGGAAAGGCACCUCGUCGUCGUGCAGUAUCCAUGGACAAUAGCGCGAAACUGCUAAAAAGCCGUAUGCGAGCCAAGCAGACCAAGAAGCAAGCAGGUGCAGGUGGCAUAGGGGGACCAGGUGGUGCCAUUCAGGGUGAGGGUGUGUCUGGUUCAGGGGGUGCUGACAGUCCUGGCCCUCCAGGACAGUUUGGGAAGUGGGGAGUGAACAGUAGCAGUCCAUCAUCACGUGGUAGCCUAGAUGAUCAAGACAUGUGGACAAGCUUUAGACCACGCACCAGCUCAAAUGCCAGCACAUUGAGUGGAAGGCUCUCUCCAAUUGCUCCACUGAAAGAAGACGAUGAUGACUUGCCUGAGGAUGGACUUCUGAGUGGGUAUCCCACUAGCAGUCUUCCACCUACCCUAAUGGAAGAAUUAGACUUAAUUGAUGGGCUUACCUUGAUGACAGCACAGCAAGGGGGUGCAAGCCCUAGCACAGCCCCUCAAGCUCCACCUACACCAUUGCCCUCUGCAUCUACCCUGCUGCCUCGUGGGUCUAAUUUUGCCUCUUAUUGUCAGUUGCAGCCGGCAAAGGGACCUCAGGGACCAUCUCAGCCAGGAAAGCAAAGCACAGUUCAGCAAAGAGGGGACUCCAAUGCAAGCCCCUCAAACUUUGGAAACUCCCUAUUUAACCCUUUGCCUGGUCCUGGUUCUCAUAUUGGUUUUAAGACCCAUGUGCCAUCCAGCCUUGAGGCACUCCUCAUAUCUGAUUCUCCCCCACCAAACGAUGUCAUGAUGACUCAAAUGGACCCUUUGAUGCCCAGCCAGGGAGGUGCUAAUGUCUUGGGGCUUGGGGACCAUAUGUCUGGCAAGCAAGCCAAGCCCGGUCAGAUGAUGUUGGGCAAGAGUAUGGAACCCAGCCCAGUGGUGCAAAUGAGCCUUCAGUCGCAAUCCCAGCUACAGCCUCAGCAGCAACAGCAUGUCUCUCAGAUGAACUUUGGCAUGGUGCUGUCAGGCAUGGGACAAGAACUACCACAUCUAACCGCCAUAAAGACCCAGCAUCAAGUGCCUGGUGGAGGUCUAAUUCAGCAAGGAGUUGUCCCUUCUUCAGGUGGAAGUGGUGGUCUUCAGGGGAUAAACCAGUUUGGGACUCAAGCUUGCUUUAUGCCUUCUCAGGACCGCCUGCCCACAGACUUGGACAUUGACAUGUUCACUGAGAACCUGGACUGCGAUGUUGAUUAUAUUAUCAACAGUGACCUUAUGGAUGGAGAAAUGAUUGACUUCAAUUUUGACUCCAUUGUACCAACAGGGCAAAGUUAUCCUGGGCCAGCGACCACACAAAGCUCAUCUCACAACUGGGUGCCCAGCUAACUCUGAAAAAGACAAGCGUAAGAAAGGAAUGCGUUCUGUCAAGUUAAUGGAAACACAACAUGGUGCAUUGCCAAAAUGUCACCCAUCUAGAUUUGCCUCUGCAAUUGCCAUUUUACCUCAAAUGCAUAAAACUGUCUUGAAUGAAAAUACAGACUUUUUUGGUUUUACGUUUUUGGAUCACAACAGCAAACAUUACACAAGUGCCAAUCUAUACAGGGAAGUCAGCUAAUACACACCAGACUCAGAAAGAAGUCCUGACACAUUUUUUUGAAAUGCUAUAUUUGCAAGAGCUUUUAAAGUUCGGAUGUCAGUGAUGAUUAGGGAAAACGGAGGAAAUCCAGUCAUAAAGAAGCACAACUAUUAAACUUUUAUUAAACUUUAUUUUGGUAUUAACUAUUACUAAUACCAUAGUACUGCAGGAUGGAGUUACACCUCUUUCUUGAACUAAAUAUGAGACCUGGACUGGAGAAUUAAACUUGGCAGAUUCUUUCAAUCUAGGCUGAUUUAAAUGGUCACUAGCUGAUAAACAAAUGAUGAAAUUUAAAAUGCUUUAUGGAUUACAGGAUUGAAUGCUUGGAUUACGUCGAAUACACAGCGGAUCUGACAGCCUGCCGAAGGAAACUUUGUUAAAACACAUCUUCAGCAUUUGUCAGCAGAGUUUGAAUAAGGAUGGUCUCUAUAGACCCCUAACUUUAUUUAUAUUUGGGCAGCUGUGCUGAGUUUGGAUAGCACCCUCAUAGUGGUACAUAUGUACUCAGAUAUUUUAUUCUUGUAUAGAAGGUGGUUUGGUGAUGUCCUGAUGUUUAAACCUUUAGUUUGGCAUUUCUGACAUCAACUCAAAAAGGUGUUAUCCGUGUAUGCUUAUGAUUGGGGACUGAUCCUUAAGUAUGACUUUUAAUUUUAAUGAUUCAAUUCUGAUUAACCUUGUGAAGAAGUUUGAUUUAAAAUAUACAGGGCAUUUUCAAUUUAGAAUACUUAAAAAUGUUAAAAAAUGUUCUUAUUUCUGUGGUCUGUUCCACUCUUCCAACUGUCAAGGUAAAUGGCAUAAUGUGAUUGGAAAUGAAAUGCUUAUUAUCAAAAUGCUUUAUUUAAAGUGAUUCACAUAAAAAAGUGUGACUUUUAUAGUACUUGCAAGUACUUGAGGCUGCGUUUACAAAGACGCUCUUAAUAUCGAUGUUUUUCUGUCAGUUUCAGUAAGAAUUAUGCCUUGACAGACACACACCUUUGUGGUGAUGCCUAAAAACUCUGUUAAGGGGUAUAAAAAAUCGUUGACAGAAUGUACCUGGUCAUAUACACUCAUCAGCCAGUAGGAGAUCAAGCUUUGAAAAUGUAUGUUAGUGUUAAUAAAUAUAAAAUCUAUCUGACCAGAGGUUCUACAGGUCAUCUUUGACAGAUGCCAACAGUGUCCUUGUGAACGCAGCUGUUUCUCAAAAAAAUUUAUUUACAGAAACACAGAAUAAUUUCAGUUGAAGGAUGAAAUUUUAAAAAUUAUACUUACAAAACUGGCAAUUUAUAAAUCUGUUAAACAGUGGUAAGGGGUAAAUUAUUUUAUUAGUGAUUUUCUUAUAUCAUAUUAAUCGUUUGUAUAAAGUUUUAAAACAGAAGCAAAGAAACUGAGUAUAUUGACUAUAGUUAUGAUGUCCCUUUUAAAUUGGGGUUAUAUAUUGAAACAUAUUUGUACUAAUCAAAAAUACCAUGUUAAAACUGCAGAAAUCAUUUAUAACGGUCAUUUUUCUAUGUAAUCUUUUAUUUUUGUAAAAGAUGAAAUGCAUGUAGAUUUUAUACAUAACCAAAGGAACACUAAGAACUGCAUGUCGGACUGGGAUGGCUUGAGAUAAAAUCAUUAAAACUUACCUAAACUGUACAGCGAUGUAAAUGAUCUAAAUUAAAAGUCAAUAAGUUGUAUUGGUGCCGUCAGGUAAUAGAAUUCCACUUGCGAUGUGAAUCACAGUCGCAGUUUGGUUGUGACUGGAACAUUUGAGAAGAGUGAGCUCUCUCACACAUCAAAUAAUUUGGUGAAAUAAUAUCUCAAAUAAAGGUUUAAGUGGAUAAAGGCUGCAAUGUAUUUCUCAGGGUUCCUAAAGGAAGUGCUAAGAUAAUCAGUGCUGAUUUUAUAAAAGCCACUCAGCCAUCAGUUGAAACGUUUGAACAUUACAGAAGUAAACCUUGAUUUACUUGAAUAUAAGAGGUUGUAUAAUGUAUGCAUUUACCAGUUUUCGGUAAAAAAGUUAAACUGCCAACAACACUAUAGCACGUUGCUCUUGAACAAAUGAUAUAACUCCAUGCUUAUUGUAUUUAAAUCUUGGUGUUCUGUUUUAGAAAUGUUUUCUUUUUCUGUUUUUGGUUUUACUCAAUACUUAGCAUUGGUGUUAAUGUAAAGAUUUUAAUCCCAGAGCUGGACAUUAAUCAUCAUAUAACGGUCAUAACAUGACUAGACUAACUGUUAAACCUUUCUGCUUUUGUGGAGUUUGUCCUAUCAAUUGGUGCUAGAUGUUAUUAUGGCUAGAUGUAUAUUAUUUUAUGCAACCAAUUUUUUAGUUUGUAAAUGUUGGACAUAGAAAGGUUCAUCCACCCCUUUUAUUAAUCCAAACAUUCAUUAUUUUUGCAGAUUUUGAAUGGCAAAGGUAAAUUAGCCAUUCAACAAGUCUCUUAUUCUUUUUUUUUUCAAAACAGAAAACAUAGUGUUACUUUAUGACAGAUUGAAGGUGAUUAGUAUUUCAAUGAAGCGUUUACAUUGUAGCUCUUGUCUUUUGUGCUUUUUCUCAUUCCUGUGUGUAUUUCUGUUUGUUUCAGUAAAGUUGUUAGAUCUUGUUUUGAUUUUGAGAGUGAAUUACACGUAUUUAAUGCACAGUGCAGAGUGAUGGGCCAGCAGACGUCAUGUCGACUAACAGGCUGAAAUAUGUGAAUACAGUCCUUUACAGUAAUAACAUCUGAAUACAUUUAUUUCAUAUUAAUGGUUUAUGGUAAAGAUGAAAAUUUCUGAUUGAAUAGAUACAUACAUGGAACUGCCUGUAAGCGAAGGGUCUGUAGGUUGAUCACUAAAAAACUGAAAUUACCGAACUGUUUACUGUGUGUUAAAACAGAAUUUAAACAGCAUUUAUUCAGCUGUUCAGUUGAGUGGUUAAAUAAUUGACAUGUAAGUCCCAACAGACAGCCUUAAACUUUCUACAUUUGUUUUCUAAAUCUGCCUCCCUAUCUUUUUUUACCAUAGCUAUUGUAGGUUUUAAAAUGAUUUUUUCAUCUUCUCUGUCUUCCUGAAUACAUAUCUUAUUUGAUAAAACACUAUUUUUGUUUGUAGACUUUUUGUUUUUAUUUUAGGGGAAGGGUGUAUAAGACUGGGUUGUGCAUAGCCAAUGUGUAUGUGUACUUCAUGCUUUAUUUUGAUGACUUGUUUUUCCUUCCCGUUACCGUUCAGUUAGCCAGAGGUGACUGUGAAAACGGUCAUGAAUAAAAUUAAAAUAAACCCUAAUCAGUUUAACUCA